GCGCGCGAACUCUAAGCGUGAGGGGCCGGGGAUCAGGUCGCCACUGCGACGACCGCAGAGGACCCGGUUACCUUCGUCUCCGCGCGAUGGAGACCUCAGCGCUCAAGCAGCAGCCUGCAGCCGCCAAGAUCAGGAACCUGCCCUGGGUUGAAAAAUACCGGCCGCAGACACUAAACGAUCUCAUUUCUCAUCAGGACAUUCUGAGUACCAUUCAGAAAUUCAUCAGUGAAGACCGACUGCCACACCUGCUUCUCUAUGGUCCUCCAGGGACAGGAAAGACAUCCACCAUCCUAGCCUGUGCUAAACAGCUGUACAAAGAUAAGGAAUUUGGCUCCAUGGUCUUAGAGCUGAAUGCUUCAGAUGACCGUGGCAUAGAUAUCGUCCGGGGACCAAUCCUGAGCUUUGCGAGCACAAGGACAAUAUUUAAGAAAGGCUUUAAACUGGUGAUCUUGGAUGAAGCUGAUGCCAUGACUCAGGACGCCCAGAAUGCCUUGAGAAGAGUGAUUGAGAAAUUUACUGAAAAUACCAGAUUUUGCCUCAUCUGUAACUAUCUGUCAAAGAUCAUCCCUGCCUUGCAGUCUCGGUGUACGAGGUUCCGAUUUGGUCCCCUGACUCCAGAGCUCAUGGUUCCCCGCCUGGAACAUGUCGUAGAAGAGGAGAAAGUCGAUAUAAGUGAAGAUGGGAUGAAAGCGCUUGUAACUCUCUCCAGCGGAGAUAUGCGCAGGGCUCUGAACAUUUUGCAGAGCACCAAUAUGGCCUUUGGGAAGGUGACAGAGGAGACUGUCUACACCUGCACGGGGCACCCACUCAAGUCGGACAUCGCCAACAUUCUGGACUGGAUGUUGAAUCAAGACUUCACCACGGCCUACAGAAAUAUUAUGGAGUUGAAAACUCUGAAGGGGUUGGCACUGCACGAUAUCCUGACCGAGAUACACUUGUUUGUGCACAGAGUUGACUUUCCAUCUUCAGUUCGAAUACAUUUAUUGACCAAAAUGGCAGACAUUGAGUACAGACUUUCUGUUGGCACCAAUGAGAAGAUCCAGCUGAGUUCCCUCAUUGCUGCUUUUCAAGUCACCAGAGACCUGAUUGUCACAGACGCCUAGAUGCUCUGAAGCCCACUGGCCACAAUUCCCAGACCUAGUAGUGCAGAGGACAGUUACGGGUUGGACUGUUGCCCAGAGCAUGGGACAGAACCAUGGUCACCCCAAGUCUUAGAAAGCUCUGUUCCAGUUCUUGGUGUGGGUGAGCAGGUGUUAAAAAGUACCAUUUUGUGGCCAUUUGGAGCAGGAGUAUGUAAAACAAUUUUAAUGUAU